AUGAGCUCUUCCAGCCCGGCUCAUGCGCCGUUGCCGGCUGCUGCUGUUGGCCACGGAGCCCUUGCGCGGAGCGCUGGCCGAAGCGACGUCCAGUUGGGCCAGCUGCGCCAUGGUGGAACCCCGGAGGCGGAGAACCAAGGACGGUGGGGCCAUCGGGCGGACGGCCGAAGCUUUCUCUUCGAUCCCUGCAGCAACGCUUGGCGCCUUGAGGCGGAGCCGUUGGCCGAGCCAUCGGAGGCGCCGUUGGCGCUGCCGUGGUCGCAGUUCAACGUGAGUUUCCAUGGUGACUUCCGGAUUGGAGGCAUCCCAAUGCUGUUGGGUGAUGAUCCCCAGCGCCGGCCCAAAGAUCACCAGGACCAUGCGGAUACAGGCAGCAGCAUCUGGGAUGGUGCCGUGGCGCUGGCAAAGGUGCUGGAACAACAGCCCUUCUUGGUGCGUGGUCGCGAGGUGCUGGAGCUGGGCGCCGGCCGCGGCCUCAGCGGCCUGGCGGCCUGGGCCUUGGGCGCGCGCAAGGUGCAGCUGACGGACCUGCCGUACGCCGUGGAGGCCAUGGAAAUUGCUGUGCAGUUGACCUGCGCUGGUCACAAGGAGUGGCCAAAACCGGAAGUGGCAGAACUUGAUUGGCUGAAGGCUGAGGAGUUCUUUGAGAACAGGGACACAGACCUGGAUGUGAUCCUUGCAGCGGAUGUGGUAUGGCUGAUGGACUUGGUGGAGCCGCUGGCAGAUGCUAUCGCCACAGUCGCCAAGUACCACCCAAAGGUGGAGGUUUUGGUGGUUCACCAGACACGUUCAGCCAACGUGGAGCUGGCAUUCCUCAAGGCCAUGGAGACGCGUUCCUUCGGCCAACCAAUUUGGACCCUGCCCGGUGGGCCAGCGGAGUCGCACCUGGAGCUGCCAUGGACUAAGGCUGAGAAAGGCCCAGUGAUCCAUGAUCCACUACUUCGAUCCCCAACUGCCAACUGCUGCCCCAUGGCAAGUCCCCCAAGCGCGCCCUUGGACUGGCCCUUAAGUCAACAUGAAAAGCGAGACUGUGUCAUUCGUCUCUAUGAUCAGGACGUACGCGCCACGGACGAAGAAUUGGAAGCCCUGCAGGCGGAGCUCGCCUCAGUGCGCGCCGCGUCGGCGUCGACGCUGCCGCCGGCGGGGACGGUGCCGGGUGACAGCGCGUGGCGUGGGCCGCCGGGGCUGACGCACCCCGAGGAUGAGGCGGAACAGAUCGCCCAACUUCGUGCUGAGAUCGCCUCUGCCUCCGCCACGCUGUGCCGCGCCACUGCCGCGCUGCGAGCUUUAGAACGGAGGCAGCUGAGCGACGACGAUGGCGACGAUGGCGACGGACCGAGCUACAGCGGAGCCGGGUCGCGUUCGAGAUCCGAGGGGCCGCAUGGGCCGCAUCCUGGCAUCCUGAGCCGCGGGGCCCGGGGUCACCGGGGUCGCAGCUUCGAUGGCCAACGACGACGCGUAUCCUUCGAUGGGACGUCAGACGCCACCGGCGCUGAGCCUGAACCUGAGUUGCCGAUCCGUGAAGUACGUGAGGAGGCUCAGAGUUAUUUGAAUCGCCGGCCUCGUCGCUCUGUGCCAAAUCAGAGACCUGCUGCCAAAGCAGCGCAGAAAGCGGCACCACGAAGAUCAGGUGGACCAAAGGACUUCGACCACGACGCCGCCGCCGCCUCUGGCGCUUCCGGCUCCGGCGCGGCUCCGGCUGCAUGA